GCCAGCAAGAUGCUCCAGAAGCUCCACAAAGAGGAGCUCAAACAGGUGCGCUCGCACACGGACUUGGCGCAGACGGCGAACGGCGUGCGCAUGCUCACGAAGAACUUGGCCAAGGCCACGAUCCAGUUGCACGUGCGUGCGAUCAUGAUCGUGACCAAGGCCCGCGACAACUCGCUCACGUACCUCACGCGCGAGGUCGUGGAGUGGCUCUUCAGCCGCUCGGAGAACAUCACCGUGUACGUGGACCACAAGCUCCGGGCGCUGCCGCGGUUCGACGCGCCGGGCAUUCUCCUGACAUACCCCGGCGCGGCGCACUUGCUCAAGUUCUGGGACCGGCGGAUGAUCGUGCAGAACCCGGAGCGGUUCGACCUCUGCAUCUCGCUCGGCGGCGACGGCACGGUGUUGCACGUGCUGAACUUGUUCCAGACGAUCGUGCCGCCCGUGAUCUCGUUCGCGCUCGGCCUGCUCGGCUUCUUGACCAACUUCCGCUUCGAGCACUUCCGCAAGCGCAUGACCACCGUGCUCGAGACGGGUGUGCGGGCGUACAUGCGCAUGCGCUUCACGUGCCGCGUGUACGACGCGGACAACCGCCUCGUGACCGAGCAGCAGGUGCUCAACGAGCUCGUGGUGGACCGCGGGCCCAGCCCCUACGUGACCAACUUGGAGUUGUACGGCGACGGCUCGCUCCUCACCGUGGCGCAGGCGGACGGGCUCAUCAUCGCCACGCCCACGGGCUCCACUGCCUACUCGCUCUCCGCGGGCGGCUCGUUGGUGCACCCGGGCGUGAGUGCCAUCAGCGUGACGCCCAUCUGCCCGCACACGCUCUCGUUCCGCCCGAUUCUCUUGCCGGACGGCAUGCUCUUGAAGGUGAAGGUGCCCGCGGGCAGCAGGGCCACCGCGUGGGCGUCCUUCGACGGCAAGGUGCGUACGGAGUUGCGCAAGGGCCACUACGUGACGGUGCAGGCGAGCUCGUUCCCGUUCCCGACCGUGCGCUCGUCCAAAACUGAGUACUUUGACUCCGUGAGCCGCAACUUGAACUGGAACGCGCGCGAGGCGCAGAAGCCGUUCUCGCUGUACCUCACCGGCAACACCAAGUCGGCGUUCGAGAAGAAGCACAACCCGAACGACAUCGCCGGCACGUUGGCCGAGUUGGCCGCCAGGGAGGACGGCUUCGACAUCGAUUACAGCGACAGCGACAGC